UUCGUGCAGAAAACAUCGUCCCGAUUUACAGCAGUUUUCUCCUUCUCUCUCUCUCUCUCUCUUAUAGUAAAUUCAGUGUUUCGGACUUAAUUGCGAUGAUGGUGAACGACGUGAAUUUUGUGAACUCGCCCUCGAUGGCACACGCACCCAUCACGUUCUCGAUAGCGUCCAUCCUGGCAUCAGAGACUCCCAGUAAAUCACCAGAGCCUGAUCAUAGUGACGACGCCUCGUCGGAUUGUGAAGUGGACGUUACCGGUGAUGGAAACAUUAGUGGAGACUCACCGUUGGAUUGUUCAAAAGGCUCCAGUGGCGAUAACGAGAAGAAAUCUCACGAAAAACCCACGUUCAGCUAUAACGCUUUGAUUAUGAUGGCCAUAAGAAGCUCCCCGGAAAAGCGGCUGACCCUUAACGGUAUUUACGAGUAUAUCAUGACAAAUUUCCCAUACUACAAGGAAAACAAACAGGGCUGGCAAAACUCUAUCCGCCACAACUUGAGCUUGAACAAGUGCUUCGUAAAAGUGCCCAGGAGCUACGACGACCCAGGCAAAGGUAAUUACUGGGUGCUCGACCCCUCUUCAGAUGACGUUUUCAUUGGAGGAACCACUGGAAAAUUGCGUAGAAGGUCUACGGCAGCCUCCAAGGCCCGAUUGGCAGCCUUCAGACGUAGUCUGAGCAUCUACAAUCCCGCCCUACAGGCUAUGAUGCCUCCACAACCUUAUUAUCCCACCAUCAAUCCAGCUUACUGGCCCUACAUGAGAUCUCCAACCAUAGUUAAACCUACACCAAUGAGUUAUGGUAUGGAAAGACUUAUGGCAGCUAAUCCAAUGUACAGCCAGAUGGAGUAUAGUAACAUGAUGAUCCCAGACCAUUUAAUAUCACAUCAGAGGCAAUAUCACGUUUCGCAACCCUCGCUGUCACCCUCGGGAAGUUCGACGGUGUCUUCGGAUUCUAGGACGAGCCCGAUUUUAAUGCCUAGACUUUAAUGGUGAACAGUAAGCAAUGUUUCCUUGUGAUAUUCGAGUCUAAUCUAAGUGAAAAUGAUCUCAUUUUCUUGUUUUUUUUUUUUUUAAUGUGAUAACACUGUAUUUCCUUAUGUCGUAAAUUGACUCUCUGUUAAAGGCAUGCGUAUUAUUAGUGAUUUUCGAGGUUAGAGAAUUGUAAAUACCUGAUUGACGACGACACAAAUGAAUGUGAUAUUUAGGAUAGUAGCAUAACAUUGUACAAAUGUAUAAAGUAGAGAAAGUUUUAUGUAAAAUUAAGUAUAUAUAAUCAAUAAGAACUGAUGUUAAUAUAAAAGAGAUAUUAAGAAUUA